UUGACCUCUUUGUAAAAAUUUAAAAAUGGGUCGCCGACCAGCUCGGUGCUACAGAUACUGUAAGAACAAGCCUUACCCAAAAUCUCGAUUUUGUAGAGGUGUACCAGACCCUAAAAUCCGUAUCUUUGAUUUGGGAAGAAAGAGAGCUGCUGUAGAUGAAUUCCCAUUAUGUGUGCACUUGGUUUCUGAUGAAUUAGAACAACUGUCCUCAGAAGCACUAGAAGCUGCCCGUAUCUGUGCCAACAAGUACUUGGUCAAACACUGUGGUAAAGAUUCUUUCCACUUGAGAAUGCGAGUGCAUCCCUUCCAUGUACUCAGAAUCAACAAGAUGUUGUCGUGUGCUGGGGCUGAUAGGCUCCAAACUGGAAUGCGUGGUGCUUAUGGUAAACCACAGGGAACAGUAGCUAGAGUAAAAAUUGGCCAGCCUCUUAUGUCUGUGAGAGCCCGUGACAAUCAUAAGGCUCCAGUCAUUGAGGCACUGCGUCGUGCUAAGUUCAAGUACCCAGGUCGUCAAAAGAUCUAUAUAUCGAAGAAACAUGGAUUUACAAAAUGGGAAAGGUCAGCAUAUGAAGAGAUGAGGCUAGAUGGAAGAUUAAUUCCUGAUGGUGUAGGAGCCCAGUAUAAGCCUGACCAUGGACCACUUAAAGCAUGGAAAGAUAGACAAUAAAUGAAUAAACUGGGGAUUUGA